GGCUUCAGACCUAGAUUUUUUCCUACAAUAAAUGAUGUAACUAUUCUGCCUUAAGAAUCUUCUAGCAUUUCUCUUUCCAACACGACAGCCAGGGCUGGACUAGCCCCGAGAGUUGCAACGGAAGAUGGGCUACAAAGCGGGAUGUAAUCCUAGGCCGCCCCAACAUGCCCCGCAUGAGCCGAACCGAACGGCUGGCUCCUUGUAGUUGGGGCCACCUACCUGGGACCUCCCCUUCCCUGUUUGCGACCUCUACACCCUGGCCACACUUGGAGCACCGCCGCACAGUCUGUGGGCGACCCCUCGCCACCUCUAUUGCUCGGCACUCCAACCCUGUCUAUGUUUAAGCACAGAUGUCCAGAGAGCAGCCGCUCUCAACAUCUACCGCAUCCCACCGUCUAGCAGGAAGCCCGCUCUCUCUCCAACUCCGCGGGACCGACUAGAGCACAGUGAGGACCGUCCAGAGCGCCCCCUCGGAGAGCCCCAGGGCUUCCAGGACGGCGCCCGCGCAUGCGCGGACGCCGACGGGCGUGGCGAGGGGCGUGGCUAGGAGGUGGGGCUGCUGACCUCAGUCUCCUCUGUCCUCAAGUCGCCUACAUGCGCGCCCGGGAGCUGCACACUCUUGAAGUGACCGGCCUGGAGACGGUUGCCCAGAGCAAGGCCCAUGUAGCAUCCCUGGAGGGCCUCAUCUCUGAAGAUAAGGUCGUGCUUCUGGCAGGUUCUCCCUUACAGAAUGAAGCCACCCUGGGUCAGUGUGGGGUGGAAGCCCUGACGACCCUGGAAGUGGUUGGCCGCAGGCUAGGAGGUAAUAACUGCCUCUCACUGCAAGUCAACCCUGUACAACCAGCCAGAUAUUUGUGGACAACACUUCACAGCUCAAAACAAGGUGAACCUAACUCCUCAGCAAACCACAGAUGCUCCUGAAAGUCUCCAAGGCCAGAAGAAAACCCCUAAACAUAUACCACACUGUGGCAACCGUAGCCUAGAAGGUAACGAAUGAAGAACACAGCAAAUAUCUGAGAGUUGCUGCCUGAAGACACAGGACAAUGACCUCAGAAGGGUGGGGAUGGGCUGGAAAACCUCUGGUCUCUACCCUCCUUACAGCUGUGAUUUGCUUCUCCCUAGGAAGGUCCUGCUUCCAUGCUUCUCCCCAUACCCCACUCACUUGAGUGUCUCACACGGGAUGGUAACUAGAUGUAACACUUACCAAGGGGUCAUUAUCACCUACUAAAUACAAAUAGAUGUCUAGCUUGUCUGUCCACAGAGAGGUGAAUGAUGAGAGAAUUCAAUCUCCUGGAAUCAAAAGAACUUUUUGGCAUAUAUUCUACAAAUUAAAAACUCAAUGACCAGCCGGGCAUGGUGACUCACGCCUGUAAUCCUAGCACUUUGGGAGGCUGAGGCAGGCAGAUUGCCUGAGCUCAAGAGUUCGAAGGCCAGGUGCGGUGGCUCACGCCUGUAAUCCCAGCACUGUGGGAGGCCUAGACGGGUGGAUCACCUGAGAUCAGGAGUUUGAGACCAGCCUGACCAACACGGAGAAACCCUGUCUCUAGUAAAAAUACAAAAAUUAGCCAGGUGUGGUGAUGCAUGCCUGUAAUCCCAGCUACUCUGGAGGCUGAGGCAGGAGAAUCGCUUGAACCUGGGAGGUGGAGGUUGCGGUGAGCCGAGAUCGUGCCACUGCACUCCAGCCUGGGCAACAAGAGCGAGACUCCAUCUCAAAAAAAAAAAAAAAGUUCGAGACCACCCUGGGCAAUAUGGUGAAACACCGUAUCCACUAAAAUACAAAAAAAUUAGCCAGGUGUGGUGGCGCAUGCCUGUAAUCCCAGCUACUCGGGAGGCUGGAGCAGGAGAAUUGCUUGAACCCAGGAGGCGGAGGUUGCAGUGAGCUGAGAUCGUGCCACUGCACUGCAGCCUGGGCAACAGAGUGAGACUCUGUCUCAAAAAAAAAAAAAAAAAAAAAAAAAAAAAAAACC